UUGGUAGGAUUUUGAUAGCCUCGUCUCGGUGUCUGGAGACGCUCGAAAGAACAUGGAGGUGAACGCAACUGAGAAGAUUUACCUUCCCGGUAACGGCAUCCUCGAAAUGUUCAACUCUCUCACCGGGCAUCACGAAUCAGACAUUAUGCGCCCAGUUCUUCAGAGCGCAGCCCUCACCACAGUACCGCAGCACCCCAAAGUCUCAAACAUAUCGAAGACGAGCAUGGGCAUCAUCAAAACGGUUAAAGGGCGCAUGAAACAUCAAGAUAGAAGAGCGGUUUCCCGAAGUAGGUCUUCCAGUUCUGGCAAUCCGCAGGUUUCGACCGAUCGACUCCCAAAAAGGUCCGUGGAUCUGCUGGAGCUGGGUCUGACCAAGCGCAAGAACUGUCUGAGAAUAGUUGUGCUCGGCGCACCCAAAGUAGGUAAAACCAACAUCCUCCAGCGGUUCUUGGGUAAAGACUUUGAAGAGCACUACGAACCCACAACCGAGGACUUCCACAGAAAACUGUUCCACAUAGGAGGGGAGGCGUAUCAGAUAGAUCUCCUGGACGCAGCUAGUGAGAGGAACUUCCCUGCAAAACGGAGGUUAUCCAUACUGACAGGUGACACCUUCCUGCUUGUGUUCAGUUUGGAUGACAGAGAGUCCUUCGAUGAAGUCUGCCAGCGGCUCAACGAGAUCAAGGCUGCCAAGGCAAAGCUGCUGAAUUUAAAACAUCCCGCGAGGGCGCCAGUCGUGAUAUGCGGAAAUAAAGCGGACCUGGCGGCACCGAGGGCCGUCAGGCGGUCGGAGGUGACGGAAGCGCUCGGCGAGGACGUCGCGUUCUUCGAGACCUCUGCCAAAGACGGCACCGGCAUGGAAGGUGUGUUCCGGGCUCUUGCCACUCUGGGUGGACUGCCCGACGAGACGAGUCCGUCGCGCCAUCAGACCAUAUCCAUCCUCAGCUACCAGUCGAUGUGCAUCGGCCAGCGGGGCAGGAGAGGGAGCCGGGGACUCGGCGCGCCCUGCGCCGCCGUGGAGCCUCUGGCGCGCCGCCCGAGCUUCACCAGCGACCUGCGGCUGGUGCUGAGAUCCAGCACCAAACACAACAAACCCGAGAGGUGUCACAUUCAAUGAAUCGUGCGCCUUCUCGAUAAACCAAUUGUAGUAGUAUGCUGCAAUGUCAUAUUAUGUAAGGGGUUAUACUCUGCAGCACCUGGCUGGACCAGUGCGUUCAUCUUUUGUAUAUGUAAACUGUAUUUAUAUAAUCCUAUAAUCCUAAUAAAACAUUUAUAAUUGUCAUACGUGCCUCUGCUCUAUCAUUCAGUUUAAUUUCAGAGGAUUUAGGAAACAGGUCAGUGAGACACAUACUGUUAGAUUGAGCUCACGGACGUCAGUAAUCAAUUGUUUCAAGUGAUGAUGAUGCGAAAUAUGACCAUAAGUGUGUGGGAGGGAGCUCCUCGGUGUGAGGAGAUGACUCACACAGCAACCUUAAAGUCUUCUAGUAUUUGUGACCAUACAUGAGAGAUUGUUCACAUCUUAAAAUCCUCCC